UGGCCCUUAUCCUCUUCCGUAGCUUUAGCUGUGCAUUAUUACCAUUAAAAAAAAAAUUUAAAAAAAAAGAAUUAGUUUAAUUUUACAUUAGGCGAGAUUGUUUCAAGUAGUGCAUGCUGGUUAUUUUUUUUAUCACGUGACCGUCCGUCAUCCAAAGGCCGACGCCCCAUUUACAGUAAAACGGCUGAAGUGAUUAAAUUAGUGUUUCAACUGGAAAUACGUUCAGAAAUGGAAACCACCAGUACCUUUGGAUCUGCAUGCGGUCUAUGCGGGACAGUUGAUGAAGAGAGAGCUCAACUGUCUGUGAUAAAUGAUGAAAAGGGAAACUGUGACCCAGAAAAACUCCUGCUGUGUCCUUUUGAUAAAAAUCACCUAAUCCGGGCCUGUCGCUUCCCUUACCACCUGAUAAAGUGCAGGAAGAAUCACCCAAAGCUGGCCGGAGAGCUGAAAACCUGCCCUUUUAAUGCUCGCCACCUGGUUCCUCAGCACGAGCUGGCUCACCACACGGAGACCUGUGUGGACAGGGUCAUCGUGGACCCGAAAGCAGAAAGCACAGAUUACUGUACAGCAUGGGAGGUUCCAGUCACUGCUUGGGUGAAUCCAGACAUGACCGAGGACUGGGACAAAGAAAUAGAGAACAAUGUUACUUCAUUUGUGUGGAGUGCUGAUCUGGUGCUGCGCCAAACGAAAGAAGCAACGCCUUCAAAGCAUCAUGAUCUGAGUUUCCGACCCCCCAAUACUCUCCCUUGGGGUUCUUUCAAUUAUUAAUACUUGCAUGUUCCAGCUUAUGUGUUCACUAGCAUCCAGUUGAUGCAUACACCUGCGUUUUUCUGCUUACGUUUUAAGUUGCAUUUAUUGUGUUUACAUGUAUAUAUUCUCGCAUUUGCAGAGCAUUACCACCUGUAAGCCUCCUUUACUCUGCUUUUGACGUUCUUGAAUCCUUUCUGGGUUGGUUGUUCAGUUGUUAUAAAGAUCUGAAACUCCUCA